AUUAAUAAUAAUAAUACUUAUAAUAAUGCUGAUAAUAACAAUAACGAUAACGAUAACGAUAAUUUUAGUGUGGAAAUUAUUGAAAAAUAUAGAUGGCUACAACAAUGUAAAUUAGUAUUACAAUAUCUUAUACUUAAUCUAUGUACAAUGGCUAUCGUUUUAAUUGUUGUUACCUAUGGAUUGGAUCUAUUUCAUACGAUAAGAAGCAGUAGUAGUAGUAGCAGCAGCAGCAACAACAACAGAAAUGGCCAACAUCAAGAUAAUGUUGAUGAUAAUGAUUUUAAUGACAACAACAACAACAACAACAUUACGACCACAACAACCAGUAAAAUCAUCAGUAGCAGCAAAAUUAUAAUGACAAGUACUGUUAAAAAACAUUUUGAACCAACAAAUCGUACAUUAGUUUUAAUGAUAAUUAUUAUUGCAAUGAUCAUAUUCAUUAUUGUAUUCUUGAUCGGUAUCAUUGCUGUUAUUGUUGAUGAUCAUCGUCAUAUAAUGACAAUAUUUCUUUGUUUAAUGAUAGCAAAUUGUAGUGGUUGUUUAGCUGCCGGUUUCAUACAAGGUGAUGGUAUUGAUCAUCGUUGGCAUUUUUGGCCAGUAUCAUUUAUUUCAUUUACAUUGAUUUGUUUAUCAUCUACACAUGUUGCUAUUAGCUAUAAAUUAGGACGAUUACCCGAUUUAGAUAUGACGUCAUCAUCAUCAUCAUCAUCAUCAAUGGAUACACGACGACGACGACCAUUCCCAUUACGAAAACAAUUACAACGAUCAUUGCUAUCAUCAAUAAAAGGAAAGAAAAAAUCAAAAAAAAAGAAUCCUAAUCAUCAUCAUCGUCAUAGAUUGUUUGAAACAAUUUCAUUAGAUAGUAUUGAUAGUAAUGAACAAAGUUUUAAUUCGAAUCCUUCAUCAGUUUAAUUAAUAGUUAAAAAAUAAAUCAUUUUUUUUAGAUCGUUUUGAAAAUUAUUGAAUUUAUUUAUUUAUUCUUUAAAUAUUAAUGCGAAUACUUUUAGAUUCUAAUCUUCUUGGUGUAUAACCACGAAUGAAUAUUGGUGGUUGACCAUUAUUAUUAUUAUUAUUCGAUGAUGAUGAUGAUGAUGAAUCAUUUAUAUUUCGAUCUCUAGAUAUUGAU